AUGUUGUCAAGACGCAUGCUAUCACAAGAAGAAGAGGCACAGAUUGGCGAAGAAAAAGAAGUGCGGCGUGAGGAUCAAGAAAAGAUCAAUCGCUUCAGCAGGCUGCACUCGCGAGAGAAGGGUCUCGAUGAGCAACUGAAAACCAAGGAGAAGGAAAAGGAAGACCUUGAAGAAAUCUCCUCGGAAUUGGAACUCGCUGACGAGGACGACAAGGUGCCCUACAAAAUCGGCGACUCAUUCUUCUCACUGCCUAUUGUGGAAGUACAAGACCUGCUAUCUUCUUCGGUGGAAAAGAUCAACGAUGAAGUCGGCUCGCUCGAGGAGAAGUUGAGUGAGUUGCGGGAAGAGAUGAACGACCUCAAGGCCGCCUUGUAUGGACGAUUUGGCCGUAGCAUCAAUCUCGAAGCUUGA